CCCAUGUCCUGCAGUCAAGUCCUGUACUUGGUACGACCGCGGAAUCUGUUGCUGUUGUGCUACAUUAUCGUCGCUUCGUGGUUGUCUAGGUCACCUCGUACGGUCCAGUUUUUGUUUUGAAUCAUUACAUUACAGGCAUUUAGCAGACGCUCUUAUCCAGAGCGACUUACACAACUUUUACAUAGCAUUUUUACAUUGUAUCCAUUUAUACAGCUGGAUAUAUACUGAAGCAAUUCUGGUUAAGUACCUUGCUCAAGGGUACAACGGCAGUGUCCUUACCCGGGAAUCGAACCUGCGACCUUUCGGUUACAAACCCAGUUCCUUACCCACUGUGCUACACUCCGUCCAUUGAAUCAGAGAAUUUCAUUUCGCGAUGCAGCUGGUUGAAUCGCUUAGGAAUGCGCAGUUUUCCUUGAAUUUAGGACGCGUUUACCAUUUAGCGUUCGUUUUCUGUUUAGUCCUUGUGGUGCUGAAAAUCACAAAGCUAUAUGUCGAAAGACACAAAUGGAUGCAGGUUCUCCGGUCUUUUCCGGGACCACCUGUGCACUGGCUCUACGGACACGUCCACGAGUUUCAUCAAGAUGGGACGGAUUUGGAUAAACUUCUGCAAUGGGGAGAGUCGUAUCCUCUGGCGUUUCCGCUAUGGUUUGGGCCGUUUGUUUCCUUCUUGAAUAUCCAUCACCCGGAAUAUGUGAAGACACUGACCUCAACAGAGCCCAAAGAUGACAUUGCAUAUAAAUUCCUUAUUCCAUGGAUUGGAGAUGGCCUGGUCGUGUCUCAGGGGAAGAAAUGGUUCAGACACAGAAGACUCCUGACACCAGGGUUCCACUAUGAUGUCCUCAAGCCCUACGUGAAAAUAAUGGCUGACAGUACUAAAAUCAUGCUGGACAAAUGGGAAGCCUACGCCAACAAAGACGAGUCGUUUGAGCUUUUUGAGCACGUGAGCCUGAUGACGCUGGACAGCAUUAUUAAGUGUGCAUUCAGCUGCGAGACCAACUGCCAGAUAGAGAGUGGGACCAACUCAUACAUCCAGGCAGUCUAUGAGCUGAGCUACCUGAUAAAACUCAGGUUCCGCACGUUUCCCUACCACAGCGAGACCAUUUUCAACCUCAGCCCUCAUGGAUACAGGUUUCGGAAAGCCUGCAGGAUCGCUCAUCGGCACACAGAGGAGGUUGUGCGAAAAAGGAAGGAAGCUUUGAAGAAUGAGAAGGAACUGGGGAGAAUACAAAAGAAGAGAAACCUGGACUUUCUCGAUAUUUUGCUGUGUGCAAGAGACGAGCAGCAGCAGGGCCCGUCGGACGAGGCGAUCCGUGCCGAGGUGGACACCUUCAUGUUCGAGGGGCACGACACGACGGCCAGCGGGAUCUCCUGGAUCCUCUACAGCCUGGCCUGCAACCCGGAGCACCAGCAGAGGGCGCGAGAGGAGGUGCUGCAGGUCCUGGAGGGAAAGGACACCAUGGACUGGGAGGAUCUGAGUAAAAUCCCGUACACAACCAUGUGCAUAAAGGAGUGCCUUCGGCUCUACCCCCCUGUCCCGUGGGUAUCCCGGAAGCUGACCAAGCCCAUGACCUUCUUUGACGGAAGAAGCAUUCCGGAAGGUUCUCUGGUCGGGGCGAGCGUUUACGGCAUUCACAGGAAUUCCACAGUGUGGGAGAACCCGGAAGUGUUUGAUCCUUUGCGAUUUCUGCCGGAAAACUGCGCAAAGAGGUCGCCCCACGCCUUCGUGCCCUUCUCUGCAGGACCCAGGAACUGUAUCGGCCAAAAGUUCGCCAUGAAUGAGAUGAAAGUGGCAACAGCGCUAAUACUCCGACGGUUCCAGCUGGCGAAAGAUCCCGAAAGAACCCCAAAAUUAAUCCAACGCCUGGUCCUUCGCUCUCUCAACGGAAUCCAUCUGAAAAUCAAACGCGUGGAACUCGAACCUUGACUUCAGUAGCCUGCAGGGGGCUGGGGUGGGCAUUGCCCACCCAGAGAUAAGCCUUGCCCACCCAGAGGAAUCAUCUGCCCAUCCAAUGAAAACUCACCGUUAUAGCUUUUUUUAGCGUCCAUAGUUUUCUGUAAUUUUGUCAUUGGUCAUCAAAAAAUAAUUAAAUUAUCGCGAAACCACGCCAUUUCUUCACACAUGCGGUACAGAUGGUUAAGUGAACUGCGAAACCUGUUUGUAGCUAGCUGCUAUCAGCAAUCCAAUUAAAACUGUUAAAACCUU